AUGACAUCGAAACAUGAAAUUAUUGUCAGAGAUGAUGCGAAUGAACAUUAUCAUACUGAAAAUGAAUGUCAUGACGGAAACCAAUGUAGCGCAUUUCAACGAUUAAUACACAACGGAUAUCGACCAGAUGAUAUUGAGCAUUGUUCUAAGCAUUUUCACGCAGGCAGAAGGGGUGGAACUACUACUACUGAGAAUUUUGGAUCGAAAAAAUUUAUUACUGCUUACCAGAAUUGGGGAAACGAUUUGCCAAAAGGAACUGGUCUAUGGAAUGGAAUAGUUAAAGAUGGCGAUCUGCUGCAAGAACUGAGACAAAAUGACCUUAUUAACGAAAUGGAUGUUAAGUCCGGACCUUACAAGAGUUUGAACGAUGUAGCGGAAGAAAAGUUAAAUCAUCCACGACAUCGAGAAAUGGGAUCACCUCUGUCACAUGAUCAAAUGUUGGCGAUUCUUUUAUAUACAGAUUCGAAAGUUUAUAAAGAUUUACGAUAUCAUGAGAUGUGCUACUCAAAUCAAGACUUUGCUAACAUUGAAACGUCCAGUCUAAUGCAGAAAAAUUGGCCAAUAUUAGGUUGCUUACUAAAUUCAGCAAUUUGGGCUCUCGAUCAAUAUGACAAAAGACCUCGUCCAGCGGUAGUUUACCAUGGAUUGUAUGACAUUGAGGUUGAUCCAUCGACGUUUAACAAUCACAAUCUGUCCAAAAAGUUUUCUACAAAGGAUAGUCCAGUGUUUAGAUAUGGUACGUUUAUCAGCACGUCAUGGGACAGAGAAGUUGCAACUACAUUUAUGCAUGAAAAAGGUUCUUUAUUAGAAAUUAAUUUGAAGGAAGAUGAUAACGAUAGAGCACUUGUUGGAGCCGAUGUAUCAUGGAUCUCAAAGUUCCCAACGGAAUGUGAAUUUUUGAUAGCAAGAGGUGCAACAUUCGUGAUUGAGUCUAUUAGCCUCGAUCAACAAGACCAUUAUCAAGUUGUGAAAGUUAAGCACGGACCCAUAUCACAUGAUCGUGUUAAAUUUCGUCGUUUGUAUAACUAA